GACUUCAUCCGAUGGCWUUGAAGGGUACUCGAACCGGUGUGGUUGUGGCUCUGUCAUCAAGUGAAACGUGCGAUUGGUGGUCCAAAGACCCAGAAAUUGUUAAUGGUUACGAAUUUAUAGGCACCUCGAGAACGAUGAGUGCUAAUCGUGUAUCCAACUACUUCGACCUUAAAGGACCUAGUUACUCCAUCGAUACGGCGUCUUCUACCAGUUUGAUUGCGCUCCAUCAAGGCUUCAAACUCAUUCAAGACGGUGUUUGCGAAAACUGUAUCGUAGCGGGUGUCGAUUUGGUGUUGAAUCCGACUGUAUCGCUCAUGUUCCAAAAUCUGAACAUGUUGUCGCCCGGUGGCAAGUGYCGAUCGUUCGAUGCUGAAGGCGAUGGAUACGUGCGAUCAGAGGGURUUGUCGCCGUGCUUUUACAAAAAUCCAAAAUGGCCAAGCGCAUCUACGCAGGUUUGUUGAAUACGGGAAGUAACGCUGACGGUUACAAAGACGAGGGUAUCACAUUCCCUUCGCAAGAAAUGCAAAUCUCUCUGUUUAGGCAAGUCCAAGAAGAGGUCGGCGUUAAAUCGACUCAUUUGACUUUCAUGGAAGCUCAUGGGUCUGCCACUAAGGUGGGCGAUCGUCAAGAAGUUGGCGCAAUCGUCGAAGUGUUCUGCAAAGGGAGGACAUCUCCACUCCUCAUCGGCGCUCUCAAAUCGAACAUGGGGCACGGAGAACCGGCUUCCGCCUUGUCCGCUGUCAUAAAAGUCCUCGUGGCCAUGGAAUGUAGACUUUUACCUCCCAACUUGCAUUACAACAUACCGAACCCGGACAUCCCUGCCCUGGUAGACGGGAGAUUAACCGUCGUGGAAAACGUCGUUCCAUGGGACGGCGGUAUUGUCGCAGUCAACUCUUUUGGAGUGGGUGGUGCCAAUGGACAUUGUCUGAUGAAGUCGUACACUCAGCAGAAGAAAGAACAGCAAGUACUAGAAGAGGAUUUACCUAGAUUGGUGGCUGUGUCAGCCAGAAACGAAAGUGCCAUAAAUUACAUGAUAAACCGAAUCGAUCAAAUGCCCAGGGACARAGAGUUCUAUGCCUUGUUGUAUGGAGUCCACAGCGAAAACAUAUUUGGCCACAAAUACAGAGGUUAUAUACUGUUUAAUGGAAUGUACGACAAACACCGUAAAAUCGCUGAGUUUGACCAACAAAAAAAACCAGUUGUUUUUGUCUUACCCGGUGUGGAGGCCUAUUGGUCUGAUGUGGGUAAACAAUUAAAACGUUUGCAUGUGUUCAAUGAGUCCAUCACGCAGAGCGCGAAUUUGUUAAAUCAAAAAGGGUUUAAUUUACUUUCARUGUUGAGAAAUACAGAUCCCGUAACAAUAAAUGAUCCAUCUAUGUCUGUCGUAGCUACGACCGUUGUUCAACCGACAAUAUACGCUCUGGACACAUGUGUUCAAUUAGCUUUCGAAAACAGCGGAGGUGCUUUCAAGUUGAAAGUGGCCGAGGUAGGAACCGGGAGAAAACUUGAAUCACUGUACGCAAAAUCCGUCAUUGAUGUGAUCAACACCGAGCCAAUGCCCAGCGUGGAAGUAACAGUGUUUACCGACCUGCCAGCUCCUGUCACGGAACAACUCGAUGAAUUCGGUGUUCGAGUAGUGGAGAAGGAUGUGUACAGACCGGAGCCGAUCGAUUCUAACUGUCAUCUAGUCAUCGUCGCUGACCAGCUAAGUAACGCGGUUUUGGUGAAAAACGCUGCUGACAGUUUAAAAGUUGGUGGUUGUGCACUGUUUGUCGAAAGCAAAAAACCAACUGAACAACAACUUAACGCGACAGGAUURGAAUUGAUAGCAAAUUUAAGAUCGAAAGAUAAUAAGACAUUCGUUCUCCUUCGRAAGAAUGUGAACUGGUCAGCGCCGAUUGUGGUAAACUGCACAGGAAAUGAUUUUGCUUGGAUUGAACCAUUCAAAUCUGCUCUACAGCGGGCUGAACAAGAAAAUAAACAAGUGCUCUUAGUUAGCCAAGGUGUCGAGUAUUCCGGAAUUUUAGGUUUUGUAAAUUGUAUUCGAUUGGAACAAAACGGAAACGCGUUGAGAUGUCUGUUCAUCGAAGAUCCGAAAGCACCAACAUUUUCGUUAACUUCCGAUUUCUACCAGAAGCAAUUGAAAAAAGAUYUGCUGAUCAAUGUUUACCGCGGCGGUGUCUGGGGUAGCAACCGACAUUUCCUGUUGGGAGACGAUUCCGAAAAUAUGGUUGUGCCUAAAGAAUACGCGUAUAUAUCUACAAGAAAGGUUGGAGACUUGUCGACGCUGAGCUGGAUCGAAGGCCGCCUGCAAUAUUACAAACCCGAGGACUAUCCGGGAAAAGAACUGUGUACUGUAUACUAUGCACCGCUGAAUCACAUGGACGUCCUGUUCGCUGAACGUUCGUGGUUGCCAUUCUUCAACACGGACACUGCUGACCAGGGCGCRUUUUUGGGCCGAGAAUUCGCCGGCCGCAACGCAAAGGGUCAAAGGGUGUUUGGAUUGGUGUCCGGCAGCGCCCUCGCCACACAUGUAUUAGCCGACAGCUCUACCCUAUGGGAAGUGCCCGACAAGUGGACCCUCGAACAAGCGUCCACGGUUUCCGUUGCGUACGUUUUGGCUUAUUAUGGACUU